UAUUAUCCAAAAAAUGGAAGUUGUUCCUGAAAAUCGACUAGAAGGAAUGACCAAGUACAAUCAAAUCCUAGAGACUAAAGAUCCAGGCCCUUGUGGUGGGUUUUCAACACAGUAUGCUUAUAUGUGCAAUUAUCAUGGGCUUCCAUAUCGUGAAGAAGUUGCAUGGGGAUUUAGUGCCAAUUAUUUCAGCCCUAGUCUACAAUGCCUGGUUUAAAAAAUUCAGGGCCAGCAAUGUCAAAUUGGCAUUAGAAGCUCUAGAGCAGAUUUUACAAAUUAUGAAAAACAAUGUGUCCAUUGAAGAACUCUACCUAGAUAGCACUGGAAUCAAAUGUGAUUUUGCUCACAAGUUAUCAUUGGCAUUGAUUUCCAACCCAAAUACUCCCAUCAACACAGUUGAUCUAUCAAAUAACCUAAUUGCAGACAAAGGUGCUGGUCAUAUGAGUGAUGCUGUUGGAAAACUUCAGAAGGGUUUGGUGCACCUCAAUCUUGCCAAAACUGGAUUGACAUUUAAAGGAAUCGGUAUCCUUGCACAUUCUCUUUCUUUGAAUCAGUCCAUGUCUUCUACAUUAACCUACCUCAAUCUAAGUGAUAACAUUGUCAAGGAAGAUGUGAAUAACUUGUAUAACUUUCUUGCACAGCCAAAUUCACUUACACAUCUUGACCUCUCCGGGACUGGAUGUGCAAUGGACACUAUAUUUGGAGCUCUUUUAAGAGGGUGUACCCAGAAAUUGGCUGUCCUGAAUCUUGCUAGAAACCAUUUUUCUACCAAAAAAACUAAGGAUGUGAAUGUUUCACCUUCCUUUAAAGCAUUCUUUUCUAGCACAGUAGCUCUUGAGCAUUUGAAUUUGUCUGGAAACAAACUGCCACUUGAAGCUCUAAAGUGUAACCUGUUUAUGACGGGGGGGGUUCUAAAUCCUAGAGCCAUGCUUCUAGGGCUGACAUGCAACAAAUUUGCCACUGAUGUAGUUGUGGAUCUUAGCAGCUGUGAAUUGAAGUCUGAAGGUGCUCAGGUUCUAGAGUCAUGUCUUCCUAGUAUUAACUGUCUGUGUAGUCUGGAUAUUAGUGAUAAUGACAUGUAACUCAAGUUCUGGAUUCAGUUGUCCAGCUCAUCCAACAAGAAGACUCUGUAUUGGAGUCUCUAUCUCUAGCAGA